GGCGUGUUAAAGCAGAUGCAGGUCCAUUACUUGGGUGAAGUUGUGGUGAGACGGCUGUGAAACACAUUGCAGCUCACAACAGCCCUUUAGUCUAUCACAAAGAUGCAAAGGUGGGUUGUGAUCUGUUGGGCUCUCCUGGCUCUGGUUGGUGCUGAUGAGUGUCCAGAUGGAGGGAGAUGUGAAGAAGGUCAAACUUGCUGCAAAAACCCAGCUAGCGGCUAUGAAUGUUGCCCACUAGAUCAGGCUGAGUGCUGUGAAGAUCACAUCCAUUGCUGUCCUGCUGGCACACUCUGUAAUACAGCCACAUCCAGUUGUGACAAUGCCACUGUGUCCAUCCCAUGGGUAGAAAGAGCCUCUGCUAACCAACCCAAAGUCUCCAAAUCCUUUAGGAUGAUCAAGUCAUAUGUGGGUGAGGACGAUGAUAACAUCUGUCCUGAUCUGUCACGGUGUCCGGCUGAGUUUUCCUGUCUGAGGGCUUUGACGAAGUUCGGCUGUUGCCCCCUAGCUCAGGGAGUCCCCUGCUCUGAUGGCAAACACUGCUGUCCUGAGGGCCACCAGUGCAGCAUCGACUGCCGCUCCUGCAUCAAAAAAGAGACUGUGAGCACAGUUCUGUGCAAUGACAGCGUGUCAGAGUGUCCAGAUGAUACAACUUGCUGUGAAACUCCAGAAGGCAAGUGGGGAUGCUGUCCAAUGCCAAAGGCUGUGUGCUGUGAUGAUAAGACACACUGCUGCCCUGAGGGGACUUCAUGUGACAUUGCACAUAUGAAAUGUAUUUCCCAAACUACCAAAAAAGUGAUGCCAAUGUGGGCCAAGUUCCCUGCCAGGAUAAGAGCAGACUGGGAGAACAAGAAAGAUGGUGAUAAGGUGACUGCUAAGGAAGCUGGUGAUACUGAAAAAGAAAAAAUUCCUGAAGCGACCACAGCCAAUGAGGUUCCUCUAAAAGAGGAAAAAGUAUCUGAGUCAUCUGUUGCUAAGGCAGAUGAAGUCAAUGAUGUCCCUUGCAAUGAUACAGUAGCCUGCAGUGAUGGCACCACCUGCUGUAAAACCAAAGCAGGUGGCUGGGCCUGCUGUCCUCUUCCUGAGGCUGUCUGUUGUGAAGACAUGGUACACUGCUGUCCAAAAGGUAAGACAUGUAACCUUGCUGAGCAGACCUGCGAUGAUAGCAAAUGCUCUGUGCCCUGGCUGGAGAAAGUACCCACAAUCCCAAGGAAAAACGUCCAGGUACAAGUAAAGGAUGUUCCAUGUGACGACACAACAGCUUGUCCUGAUGGCACCACCUGCUGUAAAACCCAAGAAGGAGGCUGGGCCUGCUGUCCUCUUCCAGAGGCUGUUUGCUGUGAGGACUUUAUACACUGCUGUCCAAAAGGUAAGACGUGUAACCUGGCUGCACAGAAAUGUGAAGAUGGCUUGAUAUCUCUGCCCUGGCUGGAGAAGAUACCUUCAAUCCCCAAGAAGAAGGUCCAGGUACAAGUAAAGGAUGUUCCAUGUGACGACACAACAGCUUGUCCUGAUGGCACCACCUGCUGUAAAACCCAAGAAGGAGGCUGGGCCUGCUGUCCUCUUCCAGAGGCUGUUUGUUGUGAGGACUUUAUACACUGCUGUCCAAAAGGUAAGACGUGUAACCUGGCUGCACAGAAAUGUGAAGAUGGCUUGAUAUCUCUGCCCUGGCUGGAGAAGAUACCUUCAAUCCCCAAGAAGAAGGUCCAGGUACAAGUAAAGGAUGUUCCAUGUGACGACACAACAGCUUGUCCUGAUGGCACCACCUGCUGUAAAACCCAAGAAGGAGGCUGGGCCUGCUGUCCUCUUCCAGAGGCUGUCUGUUGUGAGGACUUUAUACACUGCUGUCCAAAAGGUAAGACGUGUAACCUGGCUGCACAGAAAUGUGAAGAUGGCUUGAUAUCUCUGCCCUGGCUGGAGAAGAUACCUUCAAUCCCCAAGAAGAAGGUCCAGGUACAAGUAAAGGAUGUUCCAUGUGACGACACAACAGCUUGUCCUGAUGGCACCACCUGCUGUAAAACCCAAGAAGGAGGCUGGGCCUGCUGUCCUCUUCCAGAGGCUGUUUGUUGUGAGGACUUUAUACACUGCUGUCCAAAAGGUAAGACGUGUAACCUGGCUGCACAGAAAUGUGAAGAUGGCUUGAUAUCUCUGCCCUGGCUGGAGAAGAUACCUUCAAUCCCCAAGAAGAAGGUCCAGGUACAAGUAAAGGAUGUUCCAUGUGACGACACAACAGCUUGUCCUGAUGGCACCACCUGCUGUAAAACCCAAGAAGGAGGCUGGGCCUGCUGUCCUCUUCCAGAGGCUGUUUGCUGUGAGGACUUUAUACACUGCUGUCCAAAAGGUAAGACGUGUAACCUGGCUGCACAGAAAUGUGAAGAUGGCUUGAUAUCUCUGCCCUGGCUGGAGAAGAUACCUUCAAUCCCCAAGAAGAAGGUCCAGGUACAAGUAAAGGAUGUUCCAUGUGACGACACAACAGCUUGUCCUGAUGGCACCACCUGCUGUAAAACCCAAGAAGGAGGCUGGGCCUGCUGUCCUCUUCCAGAGGCUGUUUGUUGUGAGGACUUUAUACACUGCUGUCCAAAAGGUAAGACGUGUAACCUGGCUGCACAGAAAUGUGAAGAUGGCUUGAUAUCUCUGCCCUGGCUGGAGAAGAUACCUUCAAUCCCCAAGAAGAAGGUCCAGGUACAAGUAAAGGAUGUUCCAUGUGACGACACAACAGCUUGUCCUGAUGGCACCACCUGCUGUAAAACCCAAGAAGGAGGCUGGGCCUGCUGUCCUCUUCCAGAGGCUGUUUGUUGUGAGGACUUUAUACACUGCUGUCCAAAAGGUAAGACGUGUAACCUGGCUGCACAGAAAUGUGAAGAUGGCUUGAUAUCUCUGCCUUGGCUGGAGAAGAUACCUUCAAUCCCCAAGAAGAAGGUCCAGGUACAAGUAAAGGAUGUUCCAUGUGACGACACAACAGCUUGUCCUGAUGGGAGCACCUGCUGUAAAACCCAAGAAGGAGGCUGGGCCUGCUGUCCUCUUCCAGAGGCGGUCUGUUGCGACGACCAUGAACACUGCUGCCCCUCUGGCACUACCUGUGACACGGCCACCUUGUCCUGUAAUGGUGUUUCAAGCUCAACACCCAUGAAACAGAAGAUUCCUGCUUUUUCUGCCACAAUCCUCAAAGUGGAGACGACAACCAACAGCCAGGUUACAAGCUCUACAGAGACCGAUGAGGGCGGAGCAAUGACGACACAGGAGAAGGAGAAUACAAAAGUAGAGGCCAUGAUUAAGUGUGAUGCCCACACCAGCUGCCCUCAGCACACCACAUGCUGCUUCAUGGCCUCAACCAAAAAGUGGGGCUGUUGUCCACUGCCGGAGGCGGUGUGCUGCAAGGAUGGAGCCCACUGCUGUCCCACCCACUACAAGUGUGAAGAGAGAAGGACUUCGUGCAUCAAAGAUGAAGUGGUGAUCCCGUGGUACACAAAGAUUCCAGCCACCACAAGUGCUGAGGCUCAUUCCACCUUUGUGGAUUGUGAUGGUGUGAAUCGAUGUCCUGAAGACACCACCUGCUGUCAACUUUUUACGGGCGAGUUUGGCUGCUGCCCGCUGAAAAAUGCUGUGUGCUGCCCAGAUAAGGAGCACUGCUGCCCGCAGGGAUACACCUGUGACAUCGCCUCCAUGUCAUGUCACAAGCUCAUCAUGCUGCAGCUGGAGACGGUCCCACUGACACCAGUCUAUCUACCACAGCCUGAGUCCCUUCCUCCAAUAAAUCAGAGAGAUGUCAAGUGUGAUGACCAGCACAGUUGCAAAGAUGACGAGACCUGCUGCAGGACAUCUUCCACCACCUGGGGCUGCUGUCCAUCUCCUAAUGCGGUGUGCUGCAGCGACAUGAAACACUGCUGUCCCACCGGCUACACCUGCACUGAAGCUGGAUCCUGCACCCAGAACUCUGGGCUUCACUGGUACAACUGGCAUGUUUUCCUCGCCAACAAGAAGAGAGCUCUGAUUCUGUGAAAAAAUCCAUAUGCACUCUAAUGUAUAUCUGCAUACAAUGCACUAAUGGAAGUUAACAUACAGGGAUUUUUAAAUGAUUUUAAGUGAUUUUAAAUGUUUUGUUUUUUGAGAAGUGUGGUCAAUGGUAAGGGAGAUGCUGAACAGCUGAAUUGCACUAAAGAGAUAUGAUGAUCUGUGAGCUUGGAGUUACAAGUUUCUAUCUGCAUGCAUGUAGUUGACAUCAGAUACAAAAAAAUAAAUUACUAAAGUUGUAUCAUUAAAAAAACACAAAACAAAAAGAUAGAUCCUUGUUAUUCUAAGUACACACAGUUUGUUACUUGAAAACUGUACUCCAAAUAAGAAGAACACAACUUAAACACUCCACAGGCAAUAUGAUUUUACACCCUGUCUGUCAUGGUUGUUUCUGUAUGUCCUGCUGCAGCUGCCUACACUUUACAAAGUCCACUUCUUUAUCAAUAAUCACUCAUAGCUUGGGGCCUAAUUUACAUACUAUCUACUAUAGUUUUGAAUAAGACAGACUGCUGUCUUAUUCAAAACUAUGUUGAAUGAGCAGUGCGGUUGAUAACUGUUACAUUUUUACUUGCUAAUACAAUCGUAGAGCUUUUUUGAGUGUGUAAAUUAGUUGGAGGUACCAUGUCUAAUGGUUUCAUUUAUCAUGGACUUGUAAUCUUUAUUGCGUUCACCUUCUUUUUGAUUUCCUGUUUUUUUUUUUAAGCAAAAUAAAUAAUUUUAUGUUUGGUGCCUCUUGGGGAAUUAAGAUUUCUCUACAGUUAAUCAAUAAACAAGUAAUGUCAACAUUAAAAUGACACUGACAUUCA